AUCAAUCAUAAACACAAGUAUUUAUUUAGAAAAAAAAAUUGUAAUUAUUUAAAAAACAAUUAAAUAUCCAUCGUCUUGAAGUUAGCAAUUAAAGUGAAUGUAGCUGACAGCUGUAAAUUUUGAAAUAAGUUAAUAAAAUGUAUAUUGGAUUAAUACAAAAACUACAGAUGCCAUAAGGGCGUAUACCUGCAAAAUAUACCGCUGGAAAGCCAUAAGGGCGUAUAAAAAAUUUUUUUUUUCGAAAAUUGACGUAAUUAUGUUCUACAAGUAAAAUAGAGGUGAAAAAAUUUUUUUUCGAACAAUCAAAUUUUUACUAUACGCCCUUAUGGCUCCCGGCGUGGGUACUCGUAUAAUUGUAACUGAUUGUAACUGCGAAUGAUCUUUGUCUCAUACGCAUUUAUAAAAUUUAUAUUUCCGUUUUAUCCCGUACAAGUUAUUUUAUCUAAACAAUUGUUAGAUCAUAAAAAUUCCACGUUCAAUCAGUAAUUAGAACGGUUGUCGAGAGUUUUAAGGAUAACAAAAAACAUGAAUACAAAAAUAUGGGAAGACGGAAGAAAGGAAUGCAGUUGUGAACGAGGCUGUUUGCGCUUAUAUGCGACUAUCAAAUCGGUUCAAAGUCACUGUAUAACUGCAGAGUGGAAAUUUCAACGACUUGAACAAGUUAUUAAAUUACAAGCCGAUGUGAAAAAAGGGAUCGAAUUGAUUAUGCCUAAUGGUAAAACAUUCAAACAAGAAUACGGAUCAGACUUUAGUAUCUACCGUGUGGCUGCUAUCUUAUCAGUAGAUGAUGCGAUUAAUGACAUUGAAAAAUGUCCAAGUGUAAGAGAACUCAUCAAGGGUACAGAAUACGAAAAAAUCUACUUCGAAGCUAGAGAAAGACAUUCAGAAGCUAUCGAAAAAUUUCUGAAAAUUAGCGAUGAAGACAUCCUGCGGCUGGAAAAGGAUCCUCAUUACGAGAUUGAUUUGUAAUUACCUAUCAAUCAAUUAUUACUCCGUACUAAAAAAAAUGUCACAUUUUGUAUCUAAAAGUAUUAUUAAA